CAAAGAGUUAUUGUUGGCUGUGGAAGGAUUAAAUCAUAAAUUGAAAAGAGCAAUCUUUUCACCCUUUCGGUGGCUGAGGCACACCCACUUUGUUCCCUUACAGCGGACGGAAAGAGAGAAGAGACGGGGAAAGGGGUUUCUACAUCUGUACCUGUAAGAGUCCAGAACGACAAGCUAGGCGAGCUAGCGGAAAAGGGAGAAGAUGGAUGACUACACGAGGGAGAUGAUGGACCUUAAGACCCUCGUUACUCGAACCCUUGAGAAGAAAGGUGUUCUUGCUAAGAUCAGGGCCGAGCUGAGGGCAAGUGUCUUUGAGGCCAUCGAAGAGGAAGAUCGUGUGGUUGAGAAUGAAGAUGGUGUACCCCCUGCACUACUUGGUAGCUGCAAUGACCGUGCAAGGCAGCUUCAUGCUUCUCCUUCAGGAAGGCUAUUAACUGCUCUAAUAUGUGAAUACUUGGACUGGGCACAACUGGGCCACACCCUAAAAGUUUAUCUGCCAGAGUGUAAUUUGCAAAAAGAUUUUUGGAAAGCUGAGUUGAAAGAUUUUAAUAGCAAAAAUGGAUAUGAUCUCAAUAGGAAUGCAGAAGGUGGUCCUUUGCUUCUGGAUGUUCUUGAAGGGUUUUUGAAGUAUGAGAAUUUAUCCCAAGCAAGGGCUACUGGGAGGAGAGUAGUUGGUUCAGAAAUUGAAUCCACAUCUAAUCCUGAGUCCAGAAAUACUCGGAGGCCCUCUUCAUCAGCAGUUGCUGGAGGCUUACCACCCCUUGGAAGGCCGGUUCCUGUUUCUCAGGCAUCUGAUCGGAGAAUAGGCUCUUCUAUGCCUGGUUAUAGGAAGGAUGAAUAUAAUUGGAGAUAUGAGAAUGAUGAGCUUUCAGAGGAUGUAGUUCAAGCAUCAAAUGCCUUAGAAAACAUCCAGUUGGACAGAAAAGCACGGAAUCUUACAACAUCUUGGCGACAUGUUGGAGAUGGAGUCACAGAGGGUGAUGGAAAGGCUGAUCAUAUAUAGCUUUCCAUUUACUUUGUACUUGCAUGGUUCGUCUUAUAAAUUUAUCAUGUAAGACAUAUUCUGUGCCAUUUUAGUAUUUGAUUGAGCUUUCUGUUUCAGCAUAUGAGAUGUCUUGUGAGGCCUUUCACUGUAUUGCUGAUUGUGGGUGCAAUUUACAAGUCAUGCCUGACGUUCAUUUAGUAUUGUCUAAGAUAAUGUAGCUUGCUUCUUUUUCCCUUUGUUUA